UGUGUUUAUCGCCGUCGCCGUGGUCGUUGGUCGCUCGCGAGUGUCCGUUCGGCGUGUACGAAUUUAUAUUAUUAUUAUUAUUAUUAUUUUCGUUGUUGUCAUUAUUCAUAAUACAUAUUCCGGACGCAUACGUGCAUGUAUGGCCGUGUGUGCUUGUGGGUCCAAUCCCCUUUUCGUCCGCUGAGAACGUUUUUCGAAAACUUCAGAGUUCAGACCGCCGUGUGCGAUGGUCCCAGAAGGGGGUGAUUUUUGAAAAGGACUCAACACUACAUGAUGUGACAGAGGAAAGAAGAAAAUUGAAAAAGAAACCGUUACAAAGCAAAAAUAUUAUUUCGAAGAUGAAAUCAUGUUUUCCGCUUCUAGUUAUCAUGCUCACAACAGUAGCAGCGACGCCUUGUUUAUUCAACAGCAUGUGUACAUGCAAAACAGACGAAGCAUUAAGAAUGCACAUCGCAUGUGUUGCAGUUCCUUUAUAUACAAUCCCAGAAGUAGCAACUGGUACUCGGAUAAGUCAUAUGGAUGUAAUGUCAUCUGAGAUUGAGACUGUCGACAAUGAUAUAUUACAAGGAACACUCAUUGAAUCACUACGGUUAAUGAGCAAUAGAAUUGGGAUAAUUUCUGAAAGAGCUUUUGCGUCAUCCGGAUCAGUUCUAAGAGCACUAGAUCUUAGUUAUAACCAGUUGGAUAAAGUGCCACUUAAAUCAUUUUCCAACAUCAAAAAUUUGGAUUGGCUUAAUUUACAUGGUAAUAACAUAGAAGUAAUAGAAACACACUGGAAUCAUUUGCAAGAUACGCUACAACAUUUGUUUAUCGGUGAAAAUGACUUAAUAUCAUUUCCAGAACACUUUUCAAAACUACGAACUUUAUCUACACUAAAUCUAGACAACAAUUUGAUUACGACUAUUCUACCUAAUAUUAGAACUCCACCAACGCUUGAAACAUUGAGUAUAUCUAAUAACUUUUUACAAGAGUUUCCAUUAUCACUAUUAGAAACUGGAACCGCAUUAAACAGAUUGUACAUUCGAGACAAUUAUAUAGAAAAUAUGACGAAAAUAAUCCCCAAUAGAUUUGUUAAACUUGAUGUUUUAGAUUUCGGCAUGAACCGAUUAGAGAGUUGGUCAGGUCGAAUGUUUGGUGGUCGUUCAGAAGUACGUAAUUUACACUUGGAUAUGAAUCGUUUAGAGUCCCUGGAUGCUAAUGCAUUUGAUGGAUUACGAUCAGUUCGAAUGUAUCUUUCAUACAACAAGUUGAAAAACUUAAACCAUAAAACAUUUGAAGGCCUUGAAAGAAUACUAGAAUAUUUAGACUUGGAACAUAAUAAUUUAGGAAUGAUACCUACAGCAAUAAGAACACUCAAAAACUUAAAAUUUUUGUAUUUAUCGUCAAAUGAUCUUAAUAGACUUGACUCAGCAGAUUUUACAGGAGUGUCAUCAAGCUUGAGGUCACUUUCACUAUCUGGAAAUCUCCUUACGGAAAUUCCUAGCAAUGCAUUGUUGAACUGCACUAAACUAUCACAUUUAAAUUUAGGAUAUAAUUGUAUCAGAGAAAUAAAAGAAAACGACUUUGGAGAAUGGGCAAUGCAUCUUGACACAUUAUUACUGAUGAACAACAAGUUGAAAGAACUAAUCGGAAGACCUUUCAAAAACACAGUUGCUCUACGGGAAUUAAGUCUGUCUUUUAAUAAUAUUCAUUAUGUAGAUGCUGACGUAUUCUUAGAUUUGGCUACAUCAUUAGAAAGCUUAGAAAUUAGUUUUGGUGUUUAUUAUGAUAACUUUCCAGUUAAAAUACUAAGACAUCUCAAGUCUUUGUUGUGGUUAGUACUUGAUAAUAAUGAUAUUUCAUCUGUGCCAUUCAAUGCAUUAUAUUCGCUAGAUAAUCUUCAAUAUCUGAACUUGGAGUCUAAUAGGAUAUCUGUGUUGGCUCCUGGGACAUUUAGUUCACCUAAUCAAACUGAUCUUCGUGAAGUAAGACUGAAUCAAAAUUAUUUGAUGUCCUUAGAACCAAAUACAUUUUCUAAUCUACAACAAAUACAGACAAUUACUAUAUCUAGGAACAAAAUUAUUGAAGUUAUGUCACAUUCCUUUAAAGAACUUCCAAGGCUACUUAAUAUUGACUUAUCAUUUAAUCAAAUUGAAUACAUUCAGCCAUCGGCAUUUAACGGUUUGCCAAAUUUCAAACGCCUUGAUUUACAAGGAAAUCAACUAAAAGAACUGCGAAUGACGUCAUUUGUAAAUUGUACUAAUUCAAAAACACCAAUGUCAUUAAACGUAUCCAACAAUUGUAUUGAGAAAACGCCGAUCGACGAUUCUGUGACACCCAUUCACAUAAAAAUAUUAGAUUUAAGUCAUAAUAGUUUACGAGAUUUACCAUUUAAACUGUUAUAUUAUAUAUCUAGCUCACUCAGAAACUUAUACUUAGAUCAUAAUCGAAUAACCAAAAUAUAUAACUCUGAGUUCGUAAAUUUAACGAACCUAGAAGUACUUUCUAUUACCGAAAAUGGUAUGACAUCAAUAGCCUCAAAAGCUUUUUGUAAUUUAACUUCUUUGCAAAUACUGUAUUUAUCUGGUAAUAAAAUACAACAAUUAUCAUCCGAACAGUUUGCAACAUUACCAAAACUUAGAGUAUUAUCUUUAGCUCGAAAUCGACUAAGCUCAUUAAGUUGGGAUGUAUUAUCAGGAACGCCAUUAGAGUAUAUCGAUCUAUCCAAUAAUGAAUUACUCGCAGUACCGGCUGGUGUAUUAUUGAAAACAGGUGCAACUCUCAGACAUCUUUUAUUGGCUGGUAAUCGAAUAGAUCAUGUUGAUGGGACAACGUUUUUUGAUGUGCCCAAGUUAGCCAAUUUAAGUUUAGCAAAUAACAAAUUGACAAUAAUUCCAGAUAACACAUUUGUUGGACUCACCAAUCUUAUUUCAUUAGAUUUGUCUUCAAAUAACCUCAGAGCAAAUUUCAAAGAACUUUUCCACUACGUACAAAAUGUUAGGCAUUUAAACCUAGAAGAUACGGGGCUAGUCGAAACGCCACCAUUACCACUUCCUAGUUUAAUUUCACUUCGAUUGUCAAAAAAUAAAUUAGAAAAAAUAUCCAGAUCUUCAAUGGAAAUGUUGUCCAGGCUCAAGACAUUGUUCCUAAAUGACAAUAAAUUAAGUACUUCUCCGUCACAUGCUUGGUCAUUAUUGCCAUCGUUGAAAACAUUGGAUCUAUCUUCAAAUCCAAUAAAAACAAUAACCAAAUCAAGUUUUUCGGGCUUAUUCCGUUUACAGCAUUUACGAGUCCAACGACUUGAUUACUUAGAUCGUUUUGAUGUGGGAUCAUUAUCUAAAUUGUCCACACUCCGAUCAUUAGCCACUGAUUGGCGACCCAACCUAGGACAAAUCGUAUGCGCUGCUGUUAAAUCAAUCCGCAGACUAUCGGUUCACGUGAAAGGUUCUAAAUUAGUCGGACCAAUAGUCGAUACUUGUGGUCCUAAAUUAGAAUCAGUUUCAAUUACUGGAUCGAAGUUGAAAUUCGUUGACCGUCAGAUAUUCUCAGGUCUAGAGCGUGGGGUCGGCGAACGAUUAACAAUCAGUAUUCGGCACACUGCAAUUGAAGAUUUGCCUGCCGAUCUGUUAUUACCACUGGUCGGCGUACCAAAACUGGCAUUGGAUUUAACUGGUAACAAGCUUACAUCGCUCAAUCCAUUAACCAUAUAUUCCAAUUACACUACAUGGGAAAAUUCUGGUACAAAUAUAUUGAAAGGAGGUCUGUACCUGGACGACAACCCGCUGCAAUGCGACUGCGGCCUGCUGUGGCUGGGCCAAUGGCUACGCCGGUGGCUCAGGGAAGCGGUGCAAGUGCACACGCUGGGCAUGGCCGAGACGCAACUGGCGCAGUGGACGGCCCGGCGGGCCACGUGCGCCGACCCCAGAAACGGUGGGGCCCGCGUGCCCGUGGCCGACAUCUACCCGGAGGACCUGCGGUGCAAGGCGAGCGCGCUGAGCGGCAGCGGCACCGGCAACACGGCGGCCAAGACGUCGCACCUGAUCGUCUGCCUAGCCCGUUCGCUAGCCGUGUUCUACCUGGCCACCGUCUGGUGCAACGUCUACUGAAAGGGUACUGCGACAGACUACGUCGUCGUCGACCGUCGGAAACACUCGUGUAAAGUGUAUAACAAUAAUAUUAUUAUUUUGCCGCCGCCGUGUUUUCGUACGACGUUGUUUGAGCCGUACCAGAGUCGUUGUUCAGAGUCAGUGACGUCGUCGUCGUCCUCGUCGUCCUCGUGCCCGGUGAGCAAACAGCGAGCAGAAAGAGGACGCCCCCGUGAUCGUUUUCUUUUCCUUUUUUCUUUCCUUUAUCGUUCUACUCGUAUAAUAUAGAUUUUCUUUUUCGACCAGCAAUAUGUACAGUGUAUAUUAUUAUAUUAUUGAGUUCAAUCCUCGUCCCUCCCUGCCCCUCCCCCCCCAAAUCUAGACGUCACUGACUGCGCGCCCUCUCGGGACCUACGACCAGUGGUGCGCAACUCGGAUUGAUGACAGCAGCGCGUGUGUCCGUGUGUGGUGAUAGGGUCGUGUGUGUGUGUGUGUGUGUAUGUAUACGGUAGAUUCGGGAAAAUCAUUUUCUAAUCCAUUUUUAAACGAUGCCUUAUUUUCCCCGUGAUUCGAUUCGUCUACCACUGAAAGAUUACGCCCGGUGAGCACAGACGUCGAAAAAAGAAUUAUUAUCACUCGGUCGUAUAUUCUCGUCGCAAUCUGCUUGCCUGCAAACCGGAUCGUUCUCGCGGCAUAAAGGAAGGGUCGACCCCAUUCGUCUCAGUGCUCCCUGCACGUACAGGGUAAUUGCGUUGUAUUUGCAUACGAGCGUGACCCCAUGGCCUAUACCACGACCCGAUAAAAUAUGAGCUAUUUUUCUAAUCGAAACAUAUUUUCCCACCUUCGUCUCUAACCAUUAACACACAGACACGUACAUAAAUAAACGCACAUACUCGCGUACACGCCAGAAGUCACGUCGUCAUAUUUCCGACCGUAAAACACGCACGGUCCACCCUCGUCGAGCCACAAUCCAUACCAAGAGACUUGCUGUACUAUAUUCGCCCAAACAACAGCACUAACGGAACCCCUACUCAAACUAUAUCACCACAUCGUGACUAACUCGUAAAGGUUUUCGUUUUGUUUACCGUCCGAUCGCAGAAUAGAAGCUCGCAGAGAACUCUUCAUAAUACAAUAUUAACCGUCAUCGUUGUAAGUUCAAUAUAGUCACCUAGUGAAUUCGCGAGAUUACCAAUCGGGUUUAUGUUUUAAUUCAUAAUGUUCGGUAUGUACACGAAAAAAACGCAUCAAAUAAUAAUACGGUACGAAUUUUCAAAUAUCAGAGCGUAUAUUCUACCUUCUUUAUCGGUUAAUUAUUAUUGUAAUGAUAUUAUACCAUUAUUUAUACUUAUAAGAAUAUAUUAGGUACUAUGAAACCGACUAUCCUUAUUUAUUAUUGUCAAAAUAAUAUUACAAAACUUAUGACAUUAAAUUAUUAUAUUUUAAUAAAAUUUCCGUUGAUUUGCAUAAUCUCGAUGCAAUUUAAUGUACUUAUAAAAAAAUUAAAAUUUUCCGAACUCUGCUUAGAUAAUAAAAAUAAUAAAUAGUAUAAUUAAUAAUAAUAAUAAACAAAAAAAAAACAAUUUUGUUUCUGAUUUUUUAACUUAAAAUAAUAAUAAUAUAACAUGAUUAAUAAAAUCAUUUUAUUUCGAUGAUACAUGCCCCUUGAAGAAAGGGUAUAUUUUACGGUCCAUGGUCCUUUUUUCAAAUAAACGCAUUCAUUAAUUUAAAUAUUAUUAAAAAACAACUCGUUAUACCAGAGUAAUGAUUGCAUCCCGUACUACAUGGUUGGUUGACAUUUUACAUGCGAUUUUUAUAGUUUAAAAUAAUAUAUAUAAAGGAUCCUGUUGUAUAAUAUAUUGCAGUUUAUUUGUAACAUGCAAAUGUUUGCUUUAGUUGAAUUGAUUAAAUCGGUAUAUAUUAUCAUGUGGACUGCAAAUAUAUGUACUACUGUAUACAAACAUGAAGAUGUCAGAUAGAUUCGGAUUGAACUACGCUGAAUACAAUUAUUUAUCCAUAUUUUAUUUCCUUCGUGAAAGCGUAAAACAUGCCUCCCCUUUUUGUCUGACAUUAAUGAAAUUUUAAAGAAAAAAAGUCCUUAAAAAAUCACAACAAGAUCUAGUAGUUUUAUCUACUAUUUUAUUGCAAACUCGAGUUAGUUACGGUUGACCAAUAUUUGUAUCUGAAUGGUUUUCAGUCCUUUGACCGUAUUCAAAACGAGUAAUAUUUUAUGUAAAACAAAAAAAACCAAAAUGAAAAAAAGUCACAUCUUUUUUUAUACUUGGAAGGGGACUUUUUUACUUUUUUUAAAAACUGUAUUGAAAUAAAUGUAAACCAUUAGAUCGAUUUGCGAACACAGCAAAAAUAUUAACGAAGAUAAAUAUAUAUGUAUUUGUUUUAUACUAUAUUUAAAAUGUAAUAUAUACUAAUAAAAUUAUUGUUGUCCAAUGAAUAUUUCGCGUUAACUAUUCACGAGUUGUUCAAGAAUGAAUAAACGUAUUAUUUUGUUAAUUAUUCAUGUCCUCCAAUACGCCACUCCAUCCUUCCAAUUAUUUAUAUUGUACGGUAGAUUUAUUUAUUAUUUGUUUUUUUUUUUAAUUAAAUAUAAAUAUUUAUAGUUUUUGUUGAUAAUAUAAUAUGAACCUGUAUACAUGUAAUGCUUAAAAUUUAAGACAGCUUUGUUUUGUAAAUAAUAAAAUACAUGAUUAUUUAAAUAUGAUAACAA